AUGUCUCCGACUCCAACAACUCCCACCACUAGCUCCUGCGACGAGUAUGAUGAACUUGAAAGCGAACCAGACUCGCAACAACAGCAAUCGCCUCAGAAGACCAAAACUAAGCAACGGCCGCGAACGCGUCGCUCAAACCACACCGUACUUGAAAAUGCUUCGAAACAGCAGUCUAGCAAGGGCGAAGCUCAUCAGAGACUACUUCUGCGAUUGAGAGAGGCUGCGAGUGCCCGACGCAAAGCCAAGAAGACGAAAUCCAAUAGACAUAGACCCGCUCUUUCCAUUCGCCAACAUAGACAAGAAGCUUUGGCUCGUAUGCAUCAUCACUCUACGUCCAAGGCAGCCCCCUCCAAUGUUCAUGACAAGACAAAAUCAGCACCUAAUCCUCCACCCACUUCCCAUGGCAGUCUUCGAAGUGAUGGCGAAGCUGUCACGCUAACGCACGACUAUGUUGGCGACGAUGGCUAUCCGUUCGCGUCCACAAAUACUACCCCUAUGCGGCAGACGGCCAAGGAUUCUCCAGUUGCCCAUAAUGACCUUCCCCGUAGCCCUGAUGCCAUUAGUCGCAGACUUCAUUCCACCAGUCCAACACCCCGAACAUUUCUUGCCGCAAAUGAUAGCGGGUCUCAACCCAGAUCUCCCCAAACACCUGUCAGCGAAUACGUGAACCAAGCAUCCGUGACUCCCUCCCAUGAAGUCCAACAUGAGCCAAAGUUGCUGAAUUCCACCAUAUCCGACCUUUUGACCUCGCAAACAUCACUCUUGGAGUCCCCAAACACUGCAAUCUCUGUCCUCAACCAAGUCUUAGCAAGCCUUCAGUCAUCCUCCGGAUCAACUCCACAAGAACUCUAUUCAGAGUGGGCCAGCACAUACGCUGCGUCACAUGAAUAUGAAGCGGAGACAGUGGAUUCAACAUCCUCCCGCAGCAACCUGUCAAGCGGCUGCUGUUGGAGCAACAAACAGGAACUCAAUCGAGCCAUUCGAGCCACAGUCGCCGUUAAACGAGAUACAAUCCGCACACGCUUGGCCGAGCGAGCAACCUUGGCGGGACUCGUUUUCCCUGCUUCACAGUUUCCUUGGCACACCAUGCGCUAUACGCUAUUUCAGCAAGGCUAUCAAAUGCUGAAUAUUCCUGACGAGGUCCCAUUUCCCGGUCAGGAAACGCUAAAAACUGGGUAUCGCGGACUGCAUGGUCUGCCUACGAAUUUAUGCACAUCUUGGAUACGUUGCCUUCCAAGUGAUACAUCCCUUGGAGUCUCCUUUCAUAAGCUUGAACCCGCAGCCGCCGAUCUCAUGCGCAGCGGUCGCAAACCCGUCUUUGUUUGCGCGCCUCCCCACCCUGACUCUCUUCAUCCAAAUGCUAAGCAACUCUUCAUCACAGAGACUCGGAUGUGGCAGAACCGCAACGGCCCCCCGAGACGCAUCGAAAUGAAUGAAGAAUUGCUUGGCACAUACGAAGCCCCCGCUGAGUCUGACACACAAAUGGAUGCGUUGUUGAUGAGACGGAGUGGUGGAUCCAAGGGAGUGUCUCACCUACACGGAAAUUCCGAAGAGAUGAGGGCCUUGUUGCAGAAAAUCCUUGCGGCUCGCCCAAAGGCCAAGACUUCUGGAACAUUCAUUGUCAGUGACGACUCUACGGAUGAUGGGGUGUCCGAUGAACCCAAUAACGGAGGGUCCGAUGAAAUCGAUGACGAGGGGUCCGAUGAAAUCGAUGACGAGGGGUUUGACGAACUCGACGAGGAGGGGUCCGAGAGCCAUUCCGCAUUUUCAAGUGCCUCCGUGUCCCGCCAGCUUCUGCCUCUAAUCAACACCCCUCAUCCAUCUCAUCUCAUCAGCCAUCCUCGAAAGUCCCACAAACAAGCUAGCACUUCGCUUCAAGAUGAGAAUAUGCCCCCUCCACCCUCAAAGAAGAAAAAAACCUCGCAUCGGCUUUAG